AUGCGCGCGCCCAAUCUCGCUCUCUUCUUAUUGAGUUUACUUAUUCUUUACACCGUCUCAGCUCCGGUCGAGGAUAAUUCUGGCGUUACCAAUCUUCUCGAAGCUCCCGUUUUUGUGAAAAGUAUCCUUCCUGGUAGAUCUAGCAGUGACCAUGAUCAAGCUAGAGGUCUAAUGUCCAAGGAGCAAGACAUCGGCCCGGAUCUCAAGAAGAGAAGGGGAAGCAGCGGUGGAAGUCGUAUACGUGCAAAAAGACCAGCCCGCAAGAGGCCUCAGAAGACGAAGGAGAAGAAGAAGUCUGGUCGUAAGACGAAGCCGGCAGAGAAGAAGCCGGCGCAGAGCAAAAAGAAGUCAGGCAUAAAAAAGCCAAAGACGCCCGCAAACCGUAACCCAUCCACGAAGAAGCCUAAGAAGCAAACAAAAGCAUGCAAACCAGCGAAAAGUGCCAAAGGAAAGAAUGGCAAGCUUAGCGCACGUGCUGGCGAGCCGGUUGAUGCAAGCUGCCCCCCUAAGAAAAAGGUCACCAAAACCCGCAACUACCGAAUUGCCGAGAAAGCUGCGAAAAAGGCAGGACAUAAGGGAGGUCUAGUAUUGGGCGAGUCUUACCUUCUUCGUUUCAAGAGCAAACCCGGACUGGUGAACCAUCAGGCACUUAUUGUUGGCACCGUACAACGCCGAAAAGCCAAUCCCGCCGACGGCGCACUUGAUUUCGUGGCUAGUUCGUCAGAGCUCGUCAAACCAUUGCGUGUUCCAACGGGUCGAAUUGCCAAAGCCAAGCAAGAGUGUCUCAAGCUGCAUGGUGCAAAAUGCAAGCAUCGUGGCAUUGAACGAGUAUACGAUUGCAAACAGACACUGGAUCGAUGGGGAAAGAAGUCCAAGUUCAUCUUCAAGGGGAAUGCGAAUCCUGAAUUUGCCGACCCUAAAAAGUUUGUUCAGGCGGGCAAAGCAAUCCUCGAGAAGGACACCACGUACGACGUGAUCUACAACAAUUGUGGAACGCAUGCCAGGAAAUUGGAGAAUGUUGCUCAGCUCAAGAAGGGACAGAACCCUCUUGUAGAUAUCGAACUUCAGGACCUUGAGAACUUGACACUUGAAGAUUCCGAAUAG